CCAGUUGCCUCCCACAAGACCACGCCAGAGAGCCAGGCGCAAGAUGAACCAGCACACCGUCCGCUCAAGGUACACCAGCCCGUCCGACUGAACCCCGAGAGCCCGAAAAUGUCUGCGUGCAGUGACUUUGUGGAGCACAUCUGGAAGCCCGGGUCCUGCAAGAACUGCUUCUGCCUGCGGAGCGACCACCAGCUGGCGCCUGGCCACCCCCAGCCAAGAGCAGGCAGCCUGCCCCCUCCACCGCGCCUGCCCCCCAGGCCUGAGAACUGCCGCCUGGAAGAUGAAGGUGUGAACAGCUCGCCCUACUCCAAGCCCACCAUCGCUGUGAAGCCCACCAUGAUGAGCUCCGAGGCCUCUGAUGUGUGGACAGAGGCCAACAUGAACACUGACGUCUCACAGGUCAUCUGGAGACGAACCCCUGGCAAGCUCCCCCUCCCGAAGCAGGAAGAUGUGCCGAUAGUUUACCUGGGCAACUUCCGUGGCCUCCAGAAACCUGCUGGGACCCCUGCCUCCACAGAUGGCCACUCUCGAUGCCCUCCUGCGUAUGCCAUGGUCGGCCUGCAUGGCCGAGAGGCCCGGGGGGAUCGGAGCACUGCCUUCCACCCGGUCAGUUUCCCUGAUGAGAAGCUUGGGCAAGAAGAUAAACCCACGUUUCCCUACCAAGAGCUGACCUCCACUCAGGAGAGCUUCCGCCAGAAACUGGCUGCCUUUGCGGGGAUGACAUCUGGCUGUCACAAAGGCCCUGGGCCCUACCCCUCUCCACAGCCCCUGCGGGAGUCCCUGCCCUCGGAGGAUGACAGCGAUCAGAGAUGCUCACCCUCAGGGGACAGUGAAGGGGGAGAAUACUGCUCCAUCCUGGACUGUUGCCCUGGGAGCCCUAUUGCCAAGGAUGCCUCACAGGCUGAGGGUUCCCGGCACAGACAUGGUGGAGGGGACUGCUCGCCAUCGUGUUGGGAGCAGAGAUCCUGUGUGGGGCUGGCUGAAGAGGAGAAGCGAGUUUUGAGCUUCCCGAAGGAGUGCUGUGGCCAGGGCCCGACAGAGAACCCGCCCCGCCUGGGCCCCAAGAAACCGUCCAUUCCCUCAGAGGCCACCAGUUCUCCGGAUGGCCUCUCCUGUGGGAGUGCCAGCAGCGGCACCAGCAGCCCCUUCGCCCCCCAUCUCGAGAGCGAUUACUGCUCCCUCAUGAAGGAAGCUGUGCCUGGGAAGCAGCAGGACUCUGGCUGCCAUGUGGUGACCUCUAACAGGUGCCUUGGGCCAACUGGGGAGCCCCAGCCCCCAGCCCACCCCAGGGAAGCUGUACAGCCUGAACCCAUCUAUGCUGAGAGCACCAAGAGGAAGAAGGUUCCAAGGCCUUCUAGGCCACAGGCCAAGGCAGAACAGGUGGCAGCUGCUCAGGGGCAGGGCCAGGUACAGACAGCUAACACCUGGGCUCAGAAAACAGCAUCUGGCUGGGGCCGGGACCGGGAAGGCCCAGAUGUGGCCCCCCACGUGGCAGAUAUGGCCCCCCAGGUGGCGGCCACCAUCACAGUCAUGGCAGCGCACCCAGAAGAGGACCACCGGACGAUCUACCUGAGCAGCCCUGACUCCGCAGUGGGGGUGCAGUGGCCACGCGGGCCUGUGAGCCAGGACUCUGAGGCAGGCGAAGAGGAGACUUCAGCUGGCCAGAGGCUGAGCUCCAGGGAAAGCCACCGUCACGCUGCAAGUGAGAACACACCCAAGGGGAGGCCUGCCAUUCCCCCCAAGCUGUCCAAGAGUAGCCCCGGAGGGUCCCCGGUGUCACCAUCUCCCUCCCCACUGUCUGACCUCAGCGAGGGUAGCUCUGGUGGCGGCGUUGGGCCCCAGCCUUCCUCCAGGGGCCCCGCUGACCCCGCUUCUUCCUGCCGGGCCAAUGGUAUCCCCACUAGUGACUCCAUCAGGUGCCCCCCGCCUGCCGCCACCACCUCAGCCUUGGACCAGAGGCGAUCCCGGUACCAGACUGGGGCCUGGAGUCGACAGUGCCGGAUAGAGGAAGAAGAGGAGCUGGAACAGGACUUGAAUCAAAGGGGAAGAGAGAUGGAAAAUGGCACCACGGACCCCUCCAACUCCUCCACCUGGCACCGUCUGCACCCCACAGACAGCUCCUCUGAGCAGAACAGCAAAGCCGGGACUGGGAUGAGCAAAUCGGCCUCUUUUGCCUUUGAGUUCCCCAAGGACAGAAGUGGGAUGGAGGCAUUCUCGCCUCCUCCGCCGCCUCCAAAGUCGAGGCACCUUUUAAAAAUGAACAAGAGCAGCUCUGAUUUGGAAAAAGUGAGCCAGGGCUCUGCAGAGAGCCUCAGCCCAUCCUUCAGGGGCGUCCACGUCAGUUUCACCACGGGAUCCACGGACAGCCUGGCCUCGGACUCCAGGACCUGCAGUGACGGAGGCCCAUCCUCUGAGCCGACUCACUCGCCCACCAACAGUGGGAAGAAGCUCUUUGCUCCUGUUCCAUUCCCUUCUGGCUCCACAGAGGACGUGUCCCCCAGUGGCCCCCUGCAGCCCCCACCUCUCCCCCAGAAGAAGUUAGUGAGCCGGGCAGCCUCUUCACCUGAUGGCUUCUUCUGGACCCAAGGCUCCUCCAAGCCAAGAGCAACCAGUCCCAAGCUGAACCUCAGCCACUCGGAAACCAAUGUCUGUGUCCAUGAAGAGUCCCCCUUCAGCUACUCCUCGAGCCCCGGGAGCCGCCACCCUCUUCUCUUCUCCUCUUCUGAGCCUCUGGAGAAAACUUUCAAAGGCAGUGGCCACUGGGUCCCAGCCUCAGGGCUGGCAGGCAGCAAAAGCGGCUGCAGGAGCCCCAGCCUCCAGGGCAAAGGGGUCCCCUCGGCCUCGUCCUCCCAGCUGAGCGUGUCCAGCCAGGCCUCCGGCGGCAGCACCCAGCUUCAGCUCCACAGCCUCCUGAACAGCGUCAGCAGCAAAGAGGGCACCUACGCCAAGCUGGGGGGGCUCUACGCCCAGUCCCUGGUCCGCCUCGUGGCCAAGUGUGAGGACCUCUUCUUGGGCGGCCAGAAAAAGGAGCUGCACUUCAACGAGAAUAACUGGUCACUCUUCAAGCUGACCUGUAACAAGCCCUGUUGUGACUCGGGGGAUGCCAUUUAUUACUGUGCCACCUGCUCCGAGGACCCCGGCAGCACCUACGCUGUGAAAAUCUGCAAAACCCCUGAGCCCAAAACGGCCUCCUACUGCAGCCCUUCUGUGCCCGUGCACUUCAACAUCCAGCAGGACUGUGGCCACUUUGUCGCCUCGGUGCCCUCCAGCAUGCUCACCCCUCCCGACACACCCAAGGACCCUCUGCCUGCCCCGCCCUCACACCCUCCUGCCCAGGAGCAGGACUGCGUGGUGGUCAUCACCCGAGAGGUGCCCCACCAGACCGCCUCUGACUUUGUGCGGGACUCAGCCACCAGCCAUCAGUCUGAGCCCGAGGUUUACGAGCGGCGCGUGUGCUUCCUGCUUCUGCAGCUCUGCAAUGGCCUGGAGCAUCUGAAGGAGCAUGGGGUCAUCCAUCGAGACCUGUGCCUGGAGAACCUGCUGCUGGUGCACUGCACUCCCCAGGCCACCCCUGGCCCCUCCCCUGCCACACCUGCUCCCCCUGCCUCCUCUGCCACCUCCAGCGCCCCUCCCACCUCCACAUCCCCUUCUCCUGCAGCUACUCCCUCCCCUCACACCCCUGCUGCCCUCCCAGCCAGUGUGCCUGCCAGUGCCCCAGCUGCCCCCGCCUGUCAGGGAGUGCCCAGUGAGAAGCAGCUGCCCCGGCUCAUCAUCAGCAACUUCCUGAAGGCAAAGCAGAAGCCAGGCAGCACCACCAACCUGCAGCAGAAGAAGAGCCAGGCCCGGCUGGCCCCGGAGAUCGUGUCCGCCUCCCAGUACCGCAAGUUUGACGAGUUCCAAACAGGCAUCCUCAUCUAUGAGCUGCUGCACCAGCCCAACCCCUUCGAGGUGCGGGCCCAGCUCCGGGAACAGGACUACCGGCAGGAAGACCUGCCCCCGCUGCCCACCCUGUCCCUCUACUCGCCCGGCCUGCAGCAGCUCGCCCACCUGCUCCUGGAGGCCGACCCCAUCAAGCGCAUCCGCAUCGGCGAGGCCAAGCGGGUGCUGCAGUGCUUGCUGUGGGGACCCCGGCGGGAGCUGGUGGAGCAGCCGGGCACCUCCGAGGAGGCGCUCUGCAGCACGCUGCAUAACUGGAUCGACAUGAAGCGGGCUCUGAUGAUGAUGAAGUUCGCCGAGAAGGCGGUGGACCGCAGGCGCGGGGUGGAGCUGGAGGACUGGCUUUGCUGCCAGUACCUGGCGUCCGCGGAGCCCGGAGCCCUCUUACAGUCGCUGAGGCUCUUGCAGCUCCUGUGAGCCCCGCCCCCAGCCCCGCCCUUGAUCUCCCGCCUCCGUGCCUGCCCCCCAUCCUGACCCCCAUGCCCUGCCUUGCCUUGGAAACAUCCACGUCUCCCUGGGAAAUGGUACAAAUGACUGUCAUACUUGGAUGUAAUAUAUAUAUAAAAUAUAUAAAUAUGAAAGACUGACGAUGUCAUUGCCGUUUCAGGCCUCCUCUCCUCCGCAAGUCCUCCCAGUUUUCUCCUACAAUUAUGUGCAUUUCUAGUGCAGUGCAAGGUCCUGAAGACAGGUCUGCCAACAGAGUGAAGCCUGGACUCUGGUCUCACUACCCCAAUAUGGGAUCUGUUCACCUUCUUGUCAAAUGGUUAUUAAAAAACAAAAAAACUCCAUUUUUAAAAAGUUUUGGUUGAGUCAUGAGCAAAGCUCUUUUAUCCCCAAGUGCCGGAGUGUGUCAGUAUCUUUGGUGGGUAAAAUUGAAUGUAAACCUCUGAAGCAGUGUCCAGGCCCCCUGAAGUGUCCUUGGUCUACACUUCUUGUGAGACAGAGCAGCAGACCACAAGGGCCUAGGCUUGCUGGUACCGAUUAAUCUUCCCUCUUCUCUCCCCACGUAGCAGUCUUUUAGAAAGAAUCUAGACACAGCUGGUGUGAUCCCAGAGUUUCAGAAUUCAACCCCACUGCUCCACAUCCAUUCCUAGUUUGCUAAACCUCAUUACCAUUUGCACAGCCAGAGGCCUGGCUGGAAACAGAAUCCACCCCAGAUGGUUCAGAUGGAAAGACCUUAGCAGGGGACCACUUAGAGUAGUAUGGGCAGGGUUCAGAGAAAAAACAGAGGAUGAUGAGGCAAAGACAAGGGCUGAAAUGGGGACAGUUACCUGUUCACUAUUCUUAUUUCCCGCCUGUCAUCUCCAGGCAAAGACCAAUGGGGCCAGAUUGCAAGGGGGCUUGGGCGACGCGGUCAGCAGGAUCAGCCUCCCAGGGCAGGGAGAGGGGAGGAAUGAUGGGGUGCCUGGUGGCAAACCAGCCCACUGUUCCUACUAUACUAGAUAACAGCAGUGCAAGAAUAAAACUCAUGUGUUCCCAUCCCCAGACCAGUAGUCUGUCUGCUGUUCUAAGCUCCUUCAGGUUUCUAUUUUUAAAAACUCAUUCAUUUGAGGCCAUCCCAGUGGCAUAGUGGUUAAGUACACGUGCUCCACUUCGGUGGCCCGGGGUUUGCGGAUUCAGAUCCCGGGAGUGGACCUAUACACUGCUCAUCAAGCCAUGCGGUGGCGGCAUCCCACAUGCAAAGUAGAGGAAGAUUGGCACAGAUGUUAGCUCAGGGACCAUCUUCCUCAAGCAAGAAGAGGAAGAUUGGCAACAGAUGUUAGCUGAGAGCCACUCUUCAUCACCAAAAAACAAAAAACAGACAAACAAACAUUCAUUUAACAAACUUACUGGUGCCUCCUGUUUCCUGUAGUCAGUAUCUGUUACCAUGCCUUUAAAAGUGCACAGAGAGAAUUAGGAAGCAGCACACCUUUCCUCCUCGAAAUUGGACACACACAAAGUCAUUAAUUACUCAUUUGAAGGGCAACAGCCCCAAGACACUUAUAUUUCUCCCUAAAAGGUCAUCUUCCAACUUGUGAAUUAAUUAAUUUCUAAAAGCUUAAUAACCACUAUGGACAAUUUAAAACAAAUGCGAAGAUCUUAGUGGAUGGCCUAGAAAUCUGGGGAUGUGGCUAGCAACCAGGAUGGGGAAAUCUCCCACGUCCCCUUCUGUGUAUGAUUUCCACUCAUUUUGCAAGCUCUGCCUUCUGCCUCGGACUACAGGUAAACACA